UCAAGAUCGCGACCAUCUUCGAGACAAACCAUCCCGGAGCCCCGCGGACUGCUCCCCCCCCCCUCCUCUUUCCUCGACAAGAUACGGACGCGACGGCGCUCCCCAGUCGAUCCCUCUCCGCUGGGUAACCCGAUUGACCCAAGUGCGGCCUUAUCCCACCGCUCGCCAGCGCCAUGGACAAGAUUCUUCGCCGUGUGCGCAUGGCCGAGCGCCAGGUUGCGCGGAGAACCGAGGUUAUGCAACGCAAGUUGAACGGCUUGAAGAAGGAUACGUACAUGAGGGAACUUAAGGCUCUAAGAAAAGAAGCCGGCCUUGAACUCAACCAGGCCAUCAAGAACCGCCAUCAGGAUCUCGAGCUUGGGCCCCUCCGCCCGAACCGCGACGUGAGCAAUUUGACAGACGAUUUCCAAAACUACUGGGGUAGUAUCUCGCCCGAUCGAGCCCUCCUUCAGCACGAAAUUCCAGACGAGCAGAAAGCGGCCCGCUCCGCCUGGGCCGGUGGCCCAACGUAUCUAUGUCUCGCUGUGGGAGACAGGGUGGUCGUUACCGAGGGCGAAUACAAGGGCCGAAUAGCCAAGAUUGUCAACAUCAACAAGGCCUCCAUGACCGUCGAGCUCGAUGGCAACGUCGGCAUUACGAACGUCAAGGUUCCGUCCUUCCUGGUAAAACACGGGUCACCGCGCGUCCAGCAGAUGAAGCAGUUCUUCCCCAUCUCCUCCGUCCGGCUUGUCCAUCCGCUGCCAGAUCCCGCGACCGGCACGGUCCGCGAUGUCAUCAUCCGCGAGCUCAAGCCCAUCCGGAUAACGCACGAUCGGCCGACGCGCAAGGUCUUUUUCUCGCGGCUGGUGCCCGGCCUGAACGUGCAGAUCCCCUGGCCCAAGACGCCGCCCAAGGUCAAGGAGGAGUAUCCGGGCGACACCCUGCGCCUCGACGUCGAGGAGCGCACCUUCGUGCCGACCCUGCUGCGCCCUCCCAUGCCCGAGACCGUCAUCGACGAGCUGCGCAACAAGUACUCCAAGUUCCGCACCCGCCACACGCCCGAGUACAUUGCCAAGGUCGAGGCGCUCGAGGCCGAGAAGAAGGCCCGCCGCAAGGGCGCCCGGGCAGAGGAAAUGCUGCUGCCGGUGCAAGAAUACAACCGCAAGAUGCGCGAGCUGCGCCGCCAGCGCGGCAAGCCCGUGCUCACGGAGGAGAUGCUUGAGAAGAUUGGCGAGGUCAUCGCCAAGAACAAACUGCUCAGGUCGCAGGGCGCCCUUCCCGCGCCGACGGCCCAGGCAGCAGAAGAGGUGGACAAGGUGCAGAAGGCGGUCGAGCAGCUGUCUCUCGGCGGAGAUGCUCAGACGACAACGGGCGGGGAACAACCUAAGGCAUGAUAAUCGUGAUGGCCAAGACUCCUCUAUCCGGGCCCACUUGUUGGGAUUUGAUACUGGACUAUGCCUUGCGGGAAUGCAGAGUAGUCUCUUGGGGAAUGGGGUACACUGUAACAUAGGGCCGUCAACAGCGGCAAAUCAUGCUCCCUAUUCCGUGUAACGAUAGUUGUGGCUAUUAGAGCUUUUACUAUACGGAUUAUACCUAUCAGAGGUAUGUACUUGUCGCCUACGCGUGUACUAGUAUGGGUGAUAUCUUUUUUAGCCCCAGUCAAGGCUUCCCCGAGAAACCGAC